ACAGGCACAAUCUCGUAAUUAUCUGAAAGCCCAGUGGCGUUUUGUGAAGCGCGAAACCAUAUAUACCCCCCACGCGCUCUUUAAGCUCCUCCACCUACCUACCCAGCGUUCACACUUGAAAUUCCAAAACGAAGCGUUUCACUCUCUUUGGUUAAGACAAUGUUGGCGUCGACGGGGAACUGCAGCAAAAUCCGGCGCAUUGUGCGGGUGCGGCAGAUGCUGAUGCGGUGGCGGAGGAAGGCGGCGAGGACGGACGUGCCGGCGGGACACGUGGCGGUGUGCGUGGGGCCGAGCAGGAGGAGGUUCAUCGUGCCGGCGACGCACCUCAACCACCCCAUAUUCAAGACGCUCCUGGUGGAGGCGGAGGAGGAGUACGGCUUCUGCAACCACGGUCCUCUCGCUAUUCCCUGCGACGAGUCGCUCUUCGAAGAGCUUCUCAGGGUUCUCGCGCGACCCGUCCCAGCCUUCAACACGCUCGAGGAUUUUCAGAGACGCUGCCACGUGGACGUAUCCACUGCCUUCGACUUUGAAUCGCGGCCGUUGCUUCGUGACGAGCCCAUUUGCUGAGUUCAUCGCUCCGUUUCUCAAAUUACAAGAAAGAAACAAUCAUCACUAACUACUUUUUUUUUUUGGUUUGUAUUUUUUUUACCCUGAUUACUGAUUUGUGGGGUUUUUUUUAGUUGUUAGGGAAAUGAAGAUAAGGAAGGAAGUGGGGUUUGGAUAUUAUUAUUUUAUUCGUUGAAAAAGAAUAUAGUUAUGAUGGAUUGUGAGAUUGUCCAUUAAUUGUAUUGUAAUUUGUAUUAUGUAAGAUAUGCAAAUUACUUACUUGGAUCAUUAUUGGCUCCAAAUAAGCUUA